AGCGCAGCGAGAGAGGCAGCCGCAGUGGAAAAAUAAACAAGAGAGAGGGAGAGGAGGGGGUAUCUGCCCACCCACACGAGCGGUUCCUUUUUUUGAACUCUUGGGCAUGCAUUCCCCGAUGCCCACAGAGCCGCAGCAAUCAGUCUCAAAGUGAGAGAGAGCCGUGUUGUUCUCUCUCUCUCUCAUCCGAGGCUGUUUCUUUUUCUCCCUUGUUCUCCUUUCCACUCGGCCGUUUUUUUUUUCUUUUGUUUUUAUGUUCUUUGGCUCUCCUCCCUUCUCCCUCUUCCGCAUGCUCUGUUUUCUUUCCACUUGAUUUCCGAUGCAAAACCCUCGAAGAAAAAUCCUUCCUUUCUUCAUCUAAACCAUCUGGAUUGAAUUUUUUUUUCUUUUUCCUCAUCAAAGGUCCCUCCUUUGCGAUCAAAAUCUCAUCUUUCGGCGUCCUUAUGAGUGUUUGAUCAUAGGGUUGUCUUCUCUUCGUGAAAUAGAAUCAAAACGCUUGUUUUUCCAUUCGCUCGUUCGAUUUUGAGGAAAAAUGGGCUCCCUGAAUCCGAAAUCCGCGUUGGAAAUGGGCUUCUUCCCUCCUCCGCCGCCGUUGCCGCCGUCGUCAUCUCCUCCAUUUCUUGGUGCUUCGAGUUCUUGCUCGGCGGAGAGGGAAUGCUGGCCGUGUGAUAUGGGAUAUCCAUCGGAAGAGAAGCAAGAUGAGGGCUUUCAGGGCUUUGAGGGAGGACAGGGGUAUCCUGGGGGUGAGAAGAGCGAUGGAGACGAAGGAGACGAAGGUGAGAACGCCGGUGGAAAGAGAGACAGCGAGGGUGGACAAGCGAAGCUCUGCAUCAGAGGCCAUUGGAGGCCAUCGGAGGACGCCAGGCUUCGAGAACUCGUCGCCCAAUAUGGCCCCCAUAACUGGAACCUCAUCGCUGAGAAACUCGAUGGAAGAUCAGGGAAGAGUUGCAGGCUGAGAUGGUUCAACCAACUGGACCCAAGGAUCAACAAGACUUCCUUCACUGAGGAGGAAGAAGAGAGGCUUUUGGCUGCCCAUAGGUUCCAUGGGAACAAAUGGGCUCUCAUUGCUAGGUUCUUCCCUGGGAGGACUGAUAAUGCUGUGAAGAACCAUUGGCAUGUGAUGAUGGCAAGGAGGCAGAGGGAGAUGUGCAAUGGUUAUAGGAGGAGGAAGCUCUCUUCUCUCACUCCCACCAGCCCUUGUGUUCCAAUUCUCCCCCGGAUGAUGGAGUUGGUGGGCACUGGCAACAACAAUGCUCACAGUGGGGAGUCCACCAUCACCACCAACAGAGAUGAGUCUGCCUCCAGUUCUACUGGCUUGUCCCCUAAUUCCCCCAACAACUUGGUUAUCCCUGGUUUUGUUAACAGAUUUGGGCCAUCAGAGCUGCCUCACCACUUUCAGUUCCUUAUGGGCUCACAUGAAAAGCUGGUGGCUGCAAGAAAUGUGUGCAAUGAGAAGUUUGGUACUUCUGAUAGAUGCUUUUAUCAAAGUGCACCCGUAUUGAUGGCCAUGGGUGUGGAUCAGGCUGGCCAUUCUGAAGCUACUUCUGAGGCUUCAACAACUGAAUCAGUGGCUAAUCCAAAGAACAAUGCCAUCAUGCAUGCUGAAAGAGAUAAUGAUGGAAAGAAGAUGACUUUCACCUUCAUUGAUUUCCUGGGGGUUGGAGCAACAUAGAAAGUUUUAUCUUGGAAAAGCGAGAGGGUUUAAAGUUGAUCAACUGAAGCUUUGUGUUUUGGGAAAAUGGGCUCAUAGGCCCUGUACAGAAAAUCCAAAAAGAAGGUGAGGAAAGGAACAAGGGAAGAAAAAGAAGAAGAAAGGAGGAGGUAGGAAAGAAGAAAGAGAAGUUUUUACUUUUGGAGUGAGGGAGAGUGGGGGGGGGAGUAGGAGGGUGUGGUUGGAAACCUUGAAGCCUUUGUUUGGCUAUGCUGUUGGCUCUCUAGUAUUUUGGCUUUUAGUAACUAGUACUGUAAACCUGUUUCAAUUCCAAUCCAGACAAUGUCUGUAAUCUACAGGCUUCAACUAUUGCAGGGAGAAUAUUUUGAUUUGCUUUGAGUGGAAAAGAUCAAAUGAUGGUACUGAUUGAUUAA